UGAUUGUUCACCAUUCACCCAAAAUCCAAAGUAAUACGUGCUCUUCUCAAAGGUAGACAGAGCAACUGCAAUCAGAGAGCAUAAAAGCAUGUGAGAAAAAUGGGUACACAGGGCAACAACAAAAUACCUGUGAAAGUAACGUAUGUCGAAGACAUCAAGCAGCUGCCUUUUUAACAAAAUACCUGUGAAAGUAACGUAUGUCGAAGACAUCAAGCAGCUGCCUUUUUAAUGAUUUCAUCAUCUCUCAGCUCUAUUUUCUCUUGCUAUUUUCAAUACUUUUUCAACAAACUGUUAACGAUCUCGUCAGCUAUUUCCGAAAUCCUGAAGUUGGAGCUAGUUUUAAGUAAAAAUAAUGGAGAGAGAUUUUAUGGGUUUGACUCAUCAUGUGAAGCAAGAAGUCACUGAAGAACCUAUAGAUCCAGGAUUGAUGAAGAACAAAACAGCAGAAGAUGCAGAAGAUGGGCCACCAGAGUUGCUCUUUAUUCAUGCUGGUUAUACAAGUAAAAUUUCUGACUUCUCAUGGAACCCAUGUGAAGACUGGGUCGUCGCUAGAGUUGCUGAAGACAAUAUACUACAAAUCUGGCAGAUGGCGGAAAACAUCUACCACGAUGAAGAUGAUAUACUCAAUGAGUCUCAUCUCUGUAUUUUUUUAGAAGAAGAAGGAAUGGAGAAGAGAAAGAAAUGGGAGGGGGAAAACGAAUAUGGUCAGAUCUUAGGAAUUAAGGGGAGAGAGAAACGUGUGAUAUAUGGAUACCUUUAAUUAAGGAGUAAAAACUGCCUAUUAAUUAGACCCUUAAUUAAGUAUUGUAUAGGAUUAGUAAUUUGGUAUACGGGUUUGUAAUUAAAUCAAACUUUAAACAUUGAGGGUAAUAAGGUUUCAUAUAUGGUAUAGAUAGGUAAAAAUUCUAAAAGCAAAUAAUAUUAUGUGUACUUGUGUGAAAGCAAAACUGAGCCCACCCCAAAUUGAACAUUACUAUCCGUAAAUAACUGGCAGAAAAGUGAAAAUCGGCUUUGCAGAAGGAAAUAAAAAGUUGAUUAGCAUUUUUUACCAUAUCAAGUGUUCUACUCAAAUGUCAAAUUUCAUAACAGUUAAGCCUCCAAUGGACAAAACAAACUAAUAAGACAAAUCGACGUACAUCAUACAAUAAACAACAUUAGGAACUUCACUUCAGAGAUGCAUGUACAUUCACUUUUAAAUUGGCAAAUUAGUCAACUUGAACAUUUCAACUGGACACCGAUUUAAUUAUUUUCUAAAAAUAAAAGUUCAGAGAUUCACAAACUGCGUAGUAGAUACAUGAUGGUGUUGUCAUUUCAAAAUGAUACAAAAAGGCUAAGAAAACACAAAAAUAUAUUUAUUUGCUAUGCAGAAAUGAAGGAAUCUACAUACAGAUAGAGAAAAAGAAUUAACAGCUUAAUCAUAAACUGUUACUUCGUACAUAAUUCGAGGAUAAAGAAGAGACCAUAGUCUGUCUGAAAAGGAACUUGAUCUAUAAUUCUUCUACGUUAUCCAUUUAAUAGAAGGGAGACCAUAAUUGCUAGCCCCCUUUAAAUUUUCAGUUCAGAAACUGCUAUUCCACCAAUUUCAUCCAAGCAAAAAAGUCUAAUAGCUUGUUUGGCCAAGCUUCUCAAGACAAAAAAGUGUUUUUUUCCUCAAAAAGUACUUUUUUUUU